AUGGAAAGAAUAGCCCGUUUAGAAGAAGAGCAUGUUAAAACGCAUUCUGAGUUACUAAAGGCUCUUGAUACGCUGUACUUGUUGAAAAAAAGUGGUGGCAAAGAUAUAGAGUUGAAUCCUGAUCGCAAGCAGCAAUUAGAAACACGUACUAAAGUUCAAUUAUCGUUACAGAAAAGCAUCCCUUUAUUGCGAUCGAUUAAUUCUGUAUCGAAUAUGCAGAAUGGUAAUGACAACAGUGGAAAAAGCACAACAGAGAACCCAGAUAUACCUUCAGCUGAGAAAAUGUUAGCCAACAGACUCGGCUCAUUUAUGGAGGAAGAUUAUGAGAAAACGCAGGCGUUGUUUGAAGCAAUGAACUUGGAGACUGAAGAAAGAGAGGAAUUGCAACGUGAACAACAAAGGUAUGAAGCGUUGAUUGCACAAUACAAAGAUCUUGCCAGCAAACUGGACGACAAGCUGGCAAAGCAGAAAGAGAUGAACGAGCACGCAACUGCCGUCUCAGACGAGGAGUACCUGCGUCAAAACGAGACCAUGGAGCAGCUGUUGUUAGCCUUAAAAAUACACGGUGGGUACUUAAAUGCAACCGAGUAA